AUGGGCCAUGCCUGGAAGUCUGAGUUGGAAUCUCCCAUUAAGUCAGACAGCAGUGAUUUCCAGUCCCUUCCUGACUGGGAUUCAAGCUUGGAUCUGGAUGUGAUGAGCUGGAGAAAUACUGAAGAGGAGGCCAUGGGGAGGCUGGAGGGGAGCAGCCAAGAGGCAGACCCUGAGAUGGAGCUGAGUGAGCCUCUCUGGAAGGAUGACAGUGAAGACAACCACGAGGCAGAGGAGCCACGUGAAAACGACAAUCUUCUGCAGUUCCUCUUGGAGGUAACCCAGAUGUUGGAAUCUUGCUGCAUUGGCAGCACAGAGUCACCACAGACUCCGUGGGAUUAUCAUGGCUCUGUGGGGAAGCAGAGUGAUGGGGAGGAAAUGAGGUGCCAGGAAAAGACCACAGGAACAGUAGGCUCAGGAGCAGAGGAAAGUCAGCUGCACAUCCUGGCAAAAGAUGAGGAAGAACUCUGCCUGGAAAGAGAGGGAGAGACUGAAGACUCACCUGGAGAACCCCCUUCAGAUGUGCACUCACCUGAGAUGAGUGCUCAGGCCCUGGAUCAAGAUGACAGUGACAGCAGCUCUGCAGCCUCAGUGCUGGACUCCACAGGCUCUCCCAACAUGCACCUGCUGCAGCCAGUGGAGUGGAAUAACCCCCUCCAGCACCUGAUCCUCAAAAAAAAGCUCCUGUCCAUCUGGAGGAUGAUAGCCAGCCACAGGUUCAGCAGCCCAUUCCUGAAGCCAGUGUCAGAGAAACAAGCCCCUGGAUACAGGGAUGUGGUAAAGAGACCCAUGGAUUUAAGCAGCAUAAAGAGGAGGCUGUCAAAGGGACACAUUCGGUCCGUGAUGCAGUUCCAGUGUGACCUGAUGCUCAUGUUCCAGAACGCCGUGAUGUACAACAGCUCCGACCACCACGUGUUCCACGUGGCUGUGGAGAUGCAGAGAGAGGUCUUGGAGCAGCUGCAGGUCUUGGCUGAAGCCCUCCUGUUGUCCAGGGACAGGCUGGAGUGAGGCAGAAGAGCGGUUCUGAUUGGCUGUCGGAGAGCUGGCGGGUGUGUGUCCCG